CUGUCACAAUUUUCAGCUAACUGCUUCUGUCUACGACCAUAUGUGCAGUUCACAGACCAAUGCGAGAAAUUCGGUGAGUGCGUCUACCAGCAAAGUGAAGCAUUUUCACAUCAAAUUGCUCAAAACAGAUGUGCUGACUACAACGCUAACAUGACUGACAUACUCAGUGCAAAGAAGGAUGCAUUCCUGAAGGAUCUGGCUGCUGGAGAAGAUGCGCAAAGCCUUUGGCUCGGAGCAACUCGUGUAGAUGGCAAGUACACUUGGACUAGUAGCGGAGAAGCGGUAAGUGGCUAUGAGCCGUGGGCAGAAAACCAGCCGAAUGUUGCUGAUGGAAACUGUGCCUUCGAAGAUUUCAAAACUGGCAAAUGGAGCUCAGCAUCAUGCGACGAACUCUUCACUGUUCACAACUUUGCAUGCCAAAAAAUUGCAUGUGAGUAA